CGUGGGCCUUAUUUUAUAACUACAGCGAAUUUAAGCGAUAUUUAAUGUUUUCUACUUUCUAAACACACAGUCAUUUGUUACAAAUGUUGUUUAUAUAAUUUUAAGGUCCCGUCAUUUCAUUGGUUGUUUUAUUUGGUUCCGCCUCUAUUUACCAGCCUCCUUCCGCAAUGAAACAUGGCGACUUGCAUUUGCAUGGUUGCCCGGCUUGGCACAUUGAAUGUCUUAAAACCGGUUUCAAGACACUUUACAUGACAGGGAACGAAAGUAUUUACCCCCAGCCGCUCCACACAUGAGUUGCGAAGUAGUCUUUACGAACAUGUCCCCGAGGGCUACAGUGACAAGCCAGACUUGGACAUGCGACUUGUGUGCGAGGAGACUGACAAAGUCAUUGCCAAUGUGGAGACUCGGAAAGGGGAUCUACGGGGAGCAGAUUUCAGGGAGAUUAUUCCUGAGUUCAAGGAGGCUACAAAGGAGGGUCGGGAGAUCCACCACCGGCUGAGCCAGCUUUACCCCCGAGAGAGUGAGCUGGAGGAGGAGCACUAUGGCCGAGCCCUGAGGCUGCCCAACACCACACACCCCAAUGUGCCAAUUGGAGAUGAGAGCCAGGCGAGAGUGGUGGAGCUGGUUGGACAGAAGCCAGGUGAGGAGGUGGAACAACACAAUUACAUGCUGUCCUCAUGAUCUCAUAGACGUACACAGUAGGGCAGUAUUUGAUAUACAGUUGUCCCUGACCUUUUUCAUCAGUGUUUGACUUCAAACCCAGGGUACACCUAGAGAUCGGGGAGGAGCUUGGUCUUAUCAGACAUUUUACUUUUUUUUUUUUUUUUUUUACAUUUUAGUCAUUUUAGCAGACGCUCUUAUCCAGAGCGACUU